AGAUCACGAGCUCCUGCUGCUGCUGCUUCUCUGUCACAUCUGCGAUCUCAUUUCUGCUGCUGCUAAUUUUUUUUUGCGUCGCCAAAAAAAAUGUGACCAUGUCCAGCGUCCAAUUAGGAAUCGAUCUUAUCGCCACAUUCCUUCUCGCCGCUUGGCUGCUAUUUCAUUAUGGAAAUUGGUAUCGCCACCACAUUUUUGUAACUUUGGCAGUUUUGGUGGCUUGGUAUUUCUCAUUCAUUAUCGUGUUGGUUUUACCAAUCGAUAUUUCAACGACGACGUAUUUAAAAUGUUUAACUAACUUGAAUGAAACUAAUAUCACGACUACCACAACGACAGUAACGUCAGUCCUCGCCAAUACGACGAAUGAUUUGCUGUUAUGUAAUCCACCUCCUUCGUACGUCGGUUCUCACGUUCUUACAAAUUUAUGGAGGGUUGUUUACUGGACGAGUCAGUGUUUAACUUGGUUACUCCUCCCUCUGACUUUGUCGUAUAUAAAUUCGGGUGAAUUUAAUGUGAAGAAGAAAUUACAAGCUGCUCUGUUGGACAAUGCCAUUUACUACUCGCUCUAUCUCUUCAUUUGUGUCAUUUUACUAAUUUAUUUGGCCACUCGACCUGGAUUAGAAUUGGAUUUCCAAAAAUUAAAAGCUAUUGCUUCUUCUGCGAGUAAUUCGUGGGGUUUGUUCCUUCUCGUUGGGAUGUUGGGUUACGGAUUGAUAUCGGUCCCUCUCACCAUCUGGUCAAAAUCCAAACUGACCUCAACCUUAUCAGCUGCCUACUUUCGAACAGCAAAAUUAUCUCAAGAACGUAACUCUGCUGAAGAAACUUUGGAUGACACAUUGGAAUCGUUUCAAUUGAUACAAAAUACACCAAAAUACCGUCAUUUCAUCAGUCAAAUUGAUUCUCUGAUCCCUGUUGAGUUUAGAGAAAGGCUUCAACGACGCCGAAACCGAGUGGAACAACAAUCCGUGGAAUUUGUAGAUGAAAAAAUCCUUGUUAAAUUACAUAAACAAGUUAAAAAAGCCUUGCAAAAUUAUCAUCGAGUAGAAAUGCAAUGGGAAGGACAGUUGGAUUACGUAAUUUAUUUGGAAGAUGUAGAAAAAUCAGGUAGAUCUGGAGGAAGGUCUUUUGUUCAUAGUUUUAGUAGUGGUGGGAGUAACUUGUGGAGAUGGUGGCCAACGGGGGAGUACUACUACCGCUGUAUUUUAACCCCGUAUUUAUUAAAAAUCUUAUCCAUCCUGACCGGGAUUUUAUCAGGGAUAAUAAUUUGGUCAGAAGCAACAUUUUUCUCCCAACAUCCAGUCCUUUCAGUAUUCGCAGCCUUUCUCAACUCUGCUAAUUAUAAUUACACAUGGAUCGAAAUCGUAUCCACUGUGACCACAGCGUAUCUGGCUGUCUGCGCUUUUUAUACAGUUUUCAAAAUCCGAAUCUUCAAUUUCUAUUACUUGGCCGGGAGACAUCAAACGGACGAGUACAGCUUGGUCUUUAGCGGAAUGUUGCUCUCCCGUCUGACGCCACCGUUAUGUUUGAAUGUGAUCUCUUUAUUUCAUUUGGAUUCCCACAUAAUCAAAUCACACUCACAGGAAACCUCAUACACGAAAAUCAUGGGUCACAUGGACGUGAUUUCCCUAAUUGCUGACGGAUUUAACAUUUAUUUCCCAAUGGGAAUACUAAUCGUUAGCUUAUUAACCUACUUCAAAGUUGGAAAAAGACUACUCGCCAUGGUCGGAGUGGAACAAUUCUUUGAAGAAAAUGUGGAUGAUGUGGGUGGAGAUGAUUCUACGGGAGAUUUAGUCAGAGAGGGGAAAGAGUUGGUGGCAAGAGAAAAGCGACGCCGCCUCCGUUCUCAAGAAAAUCAACAAUCUAAUCGAAAUUGGAGAUACGAUGAGAACUCGGAAGUUAGGAAUCGAAAUGCAUUAAGUUCAUCAAUACAAUCACAAUCGGGCGGAGGAGGAGCCAUCGGUAGUGGUAGCAUUGGUAGCAGCAGUAAUAACUGUACUAACCCACCCAGAGAUUUGUUUGAUGAUGUUUAAGAAGAAAUAAAACUUUUUAACUAUAAAAAAGACUACGAG